GAGGAGAGAAGGUUGAGACAAAGUUGUGAGUCCGUAGUGCACGAGCGCGUGCGGGCCUCGGGAGUAGGUGUGCGGCUCCUUGCAGGAGUCCCAGUGUCCCCGCUGUUCCCUGUGCAGCCUGCGAUCGCCACUUUAGAGGAAAAGUACCCGCUUAUCCCCGCGCCGAGGCUGGGAAGCCGGGCUUCCUCAGCGCUAACGGGAACGAAGGAAAAGCCUAAAGAUUAGGUUAUAAGAAAAACCGAAGCCAUGUUUCGAAGACCUGUGUUACAGGUAUUUCGUCAGUUUGUAAGACAGGAGUCUGAAGUAGCCAGCAGUUUGGUUCUUGAACGAUCUCUGAAUCGUGUUCAGUUACUUGGUCGAGUAGGUCAGGACCCUGUCAUGAGACAGGUGGAGGGAAAAAACCCAGUCACGAUAUUUUCUCUAGCAACAAAUGAGAUGUGGCGAUCAGGGGACAAUGAAGCAUACCAAAUGGGUGACGUCAGUCAAAAGACAACAUGGCACAGAAUAUCAGUGUUUCGGCCAGGCCUCAGAGAUGUGGCUUAUCAGUAUGUGAAAAAGGGGGCUCGUAUAUUUGUGGAAGGCAAAGUGGACUAUGGUGAAUACAUGGAUAAAAACAAUGUGAGGCGGCAAGCAACAACAAUCAUAGCUGGUAAGAAGCCCGUGAUAACAUUAUAUUUCUGAGUGACCAGGCAAGAGAAAAGCCAUAGAACGGAUGAUUCUUCGUUGAUCAUUGUUUGGUACAGUCUCCUUUGCAAAUCAUGUACAGUCUAUAGUUUAAAGACAGAAAUUAAAAUUUUUAUAUAAAAUGAGUGAUAAUAUUUUU